GAACCCUACGUUGUGUUUUUGUGCAUUCGACUACAUCAAUUUAUUUUGCUCAUUCGGCAAUAAUGACGAUUCAUAACUUAUACAUUUUUGAUCGCUACGGAACUUUGUUAUACUACGGCGAAUGGAACAGGUCUAAACAAUCAGGAAUGUCGAGAGAGGAAGAAGGCAAGCUGAUGUAUGGGAUGCUGUUCUCAAUCAAGUCCUUUGUAUCCAAGAUUUCCCCAUUGGAUCCAAAAGACGGAUUCCUGCACUACAAGACUUCAAAAUACACGCUACAUUGUUUAGAAACACCAUCGGGACUUAAAUUUGUCAUGAAUACUGACAACCAAGCUCAAGGGGUGCGGGAAUUGUUGAAAAAGAUUUAUGGAGAAAUUUACGUUCAAUAUGCUAUUAGGAAUCCCCUGUGUGGCAUUGGUGAGCCAAUAACUAGUGAACUAUUUAAAAGUAAACUUGAUGCUUUCAUCAAAACUACUCCAAUUCAUGCAGUGAGAGCUUCAUGAUAGAAACUCUCAAUAUAAUAUGUUGAAAAGUAUUUUAAGGACUUUGUGUAUAUUUCCUAAGUCGUAUAAUGUAAACAAAUGUAUACUUAAGAAUUGUAUCCCUGUGUGUUACAUCAUAUCUGUCAAGUGACAACCAAAACUCACUAAUUGCUACCAUAAGAUUCUACAUUCUAUCAUGAGCAAUAUUGGGACAUGUCGAGUAGAGUCUGUAGCUGGCUGUAGUGAACCAUAUUAGUAUUGAACAAGGUUGAUUUUUAUUUUUGUAAUUAGUGAAUUUUUAUUGUAAGGUAACAAUCUGUUCAGUGGCCUUACUAUACGAAUUGCACUCCUAAUGAUAAUGAUGUCUUAACUUUUUUUAUAAAAUGUUAGUUUCCUCCUGUGCACACACCUCACAACAUGUAAGAACAGAGGUAACAUGAUGCUUUGUGUUUUGCAUUGCUUUAGUUAGGCUACUGAUUGGAAUGCUGAAGCAAGCUAAUAUGAUUUUUUAAUUUUAAUAAUUCUAUAGUUUAUAUGUUUAAUUCAUAAUUUGUUUAUUGUCUGUAGAACAUGGGUAUAUACAAUGAUGGAACAUGAUUUAAUAUAGAAUCACCAUGAUUUUACCAAUAGCCGACAGCCGUACAAACUGUCAAACUAACUAAAUACUUAAAACAUUAACAUUAUAAUGUUUUUUAUUUACUUGAACUGUAUAAAGAUAUAAAUUAAAAUAUAUUAAACCUAA